AUGGCCCGCAAGUUUUUCGUCGGAGGAAACUGGAAGAUGAACGGCGAUUUCGCCACCGUCGACGGAAUCAUCACGUUCCUCAACCAGUCGGCCGGUGAGCAAUUGACAGAAUUAAUCGAUAAAAUCCGCGGUUUUUCCAGGAAAUGAGUCGGUGGACAUUGUGGUCGCACCGCCGGCGCCGUACCUCGCGCACGCAAAGGCGAACCUGAAGGCUGGCGUGCUCGUGGCCGCUCAGAACUGCUACAAAGUGCCGAAGGGCGCGUUCACCGGAGAGAUCUCGCCGGCGAUGAUCAAGGACUUGGGACUCGAGUGGGUCAUCCUCGGACACUCGGAGCGGCGCCACGUAUUCGGCGAGAGCGACGCGGUGAGCAAUGGGUUCUAGGAGAAAUUUAGAAUUUCCCCGAUUUGCCUCAUAAUACACCAAUUUGGUGAAAAUCUGUGCUUUUGGGGAUUGAUGCGGAACAACGCCAACGUACACUUUUGCAGUUGAUCGCCGAGAAGACGGUGCACGCGCUGGAGUCGGGCAUCAAAGUGAUCUACUGCAUCGGAGAGAAACUCGAGGAGCGCGAGGCUGGACACACGAAGGAUGUGCGUGCAAAUUUCGAUAAUUUGAUUAGAAAUUCUGAGAAAUCCCCGAAUAUUCUAAUAUUUUCCAGACUUGUCGAAACUCGGCCUGUCCUGAGUUCAAGUCUAGUACCAAAACCCGGUCCGACUCACGACAAUUCUGAUUUUCAAUUAUUUUUUUUUUCAAAUAUCGGUGUUUCAGGUGAACUUCCGUCAACUGCAGGCGAUCGUCGACAAGGGCGUCUCGUGGGAGAACAUUGUGGUCGCCUACGAACCGGUGUGGGCCAUCGGGACCGGAAAGACGGCCUCGCCGGAACAGGCCCAAGAGGUCCACGAGUGGAUCCGCGCCUUCCUCAAGGAGAAGGUUCGCUCUUUUCUUCUUGGCAUAAAAUCAUUUUUGAGCCUUUUGGAUUCAGUAUGAAUACAUUGUUAUUUGUAUAUUUUGCAUUGCAGGUCUCGCCAGCGGUGGCCGACGCGACGCGCAUCAUCUACGGAGGAUCGGUGACGGCCGAGAACGCGGCCGAACUCGGCAAAAAGGCCGAUAUUGACGGAUUCCUGGUCGGAGGCGCCUCGCUGAAGCCCGACUUUGUCAAGAUCAUCAACGCCAGAUCCUAA